UUACCACCAAUCAAUAUCCAUGUGUGUGUGUGUUUUCGUGUUUUUUGUGUGUCUUUCUAAUUGAAUCUUUUGAUCAAAGUGUUUUUGCCUUUUUUUGUGCCUUUAACCAAAAAUGGUCCAGAUUAUCGAUUGCUCAAUCUGAAUCAACAAUUAAAAAAAAAUAAAUUACAAUGACCAUCAUCAAAUGAACACUGUUAAUCGCGUGUGACAUCCAAAAAAAAAAAAAUAAACCAUCUCGAAAAAAUGUCUAGAGCCGAAAUUGAAAUGGCACCGACCUUUACGGUCAAGCCAAAAAUUCGUGAAGAAGAAGAUGGUAAUCGUUUAGUGUUUGAAUGUGAAUUGAAUGCCAUUCCACAGCCAGAAAUUCGUUGGUACAAAGAUAAUGUAUUCAUCCGUAAUGGACAUGAAUUCCGUAUUACAUAUGGCAUAUAUCCUACUACUAAACCACAUCAUUACAUUGCCACAUUAGAAAUGAACGAUGUUUAUGAAACUGAUGCCGGAAUGUAUCGUGUACAUGCAAAAAAUCUAAUGGGUGAAGUAUCGGCGUCCAUUAAGCUCAAUUUUGAUCCUGCCGAUCAACCUAAAUCAAGUGAAAUUGAUGGUAUAUCACCUACGUUCAAAAAGAAACCUUGGAUUGCCGAACUAGAUAAAGAAUUUCGUCGUAUACAUUUUGAAUGUGUUUUAUUAUCUGAACCACGUCCAUCAGUAAACUGGUAUUAUAACGGUAUACUUAUCAAACCACAUGGUCGUUACAGAACUGAAUUAGAAUCGAUUCAAAAACAUCUAUAUCGUUCAUUGCUCAUAAUUGAAGAAGUGGUCGUUGAGGAUGCUGGUAAAUAUAAAGUAAUUGCCAAAAACGAUCUAGGCGAAAGUAACGCUACUAUAAGCCUCAAUUUCGACGACGACUUCAAACCCGAACAAGGAGCUAAACCAACAUUAACGGAAAAAACUUUGCUCAAAAAAGUCGGAAGCGGACAAGUACAAUUUGAAAUUCGGCUUGUUGCCGAUCCACAACCACAAAUCGAGUGGUAUCACAAAGAUAAUCUAAUUAUCAAAUCCGGCCAAUUUGAAUCGAAACAAUUUCGUUGCCAAAUACUAACCGAUCGUCAUAAUCAUCUAGUAUCACUAACAUUCUUAAAGCCGCAAUUAUCGGAUGCGGGCCAAUACCGCUUUGUAGCUCGAAAUCAAUUUGGUUUAGUCGAAACUAACGUUGAUUUACCGUUUGGACCGGACGGACGACCAAUCGUUUCGAUGGCGGUGGCGCCACGUUUUCCCAAAAAGCCGACCAUUCGGCAGAAAGGCAACGUUCUUAUAUUGGAAUGUGUGCUCGAAGCCAAUCCAUAUCCUGAGAUCACCUGGUAUCAUGGAACCAAGGUCAUCAGCGAUGAUAGCCGUCACAAAACAACACGUACGGAAACCGGUGAGAAUAUGUACUCACUUGCUCUCGAGAUCAUCAAUCCCACUUUAGAAGAUGGAGGCACUUACAGAUGUAAUGCAGUCAAUGAUAAAGGCGAAUCGAAUGCAAACAUUGCUCUCAAUUUUCAAACUGGUGAUGACGAGGACAAAGAUGCACCAACAUUCAUUGGCAAGCCUCGUAUCAUACCGAAAGAUUCGUCCAUCACAAUGGAAUGUCGAGUCAAGUCCAAAACUAAAAUCACUGCUCAAUGGUUCAAAGGCACAACCACUGUAACUGCUUCUUCUCGUCAUGUGAUGACUGUGACCAAAGAAAAAGAAGAUGAAUAUCUAUGUGUGUUGGACAUCAAAAAUCCGGCCGGAUCGGACGGUGGUACAUACAAAUGUUUGGUCAAAAAUGAAGCUGGAGAAAUUACUGCCAAUCUCGCCUUGAACAUCGAAGGUGCACCUGAAGACGAUUCGAUCUAUCCCAAGUUUGUCGACAAGCCUCGUAUUAUUUCAGAAAAGGAUGGUUCAUUGAUCAUCAUGGAAUGUCGUGUGAAAGCACGACCGAAGCCCGAUAUCACCUGGUUUCAAGAUGGUGUCCAGGUGAAAGAAAGUUCUCGAAUCAAACAGACAGUAAUCAAAGAGAAAGAGGAAGAUACCUAUCUAAUUCGAAUGGAAAUCAAUGAUGCCGAUAUGGAAGAUUCCGGUAUGUACAAAUGUAAUGUUAAGAAUUCCGCCGGUCAAAGUGUGGCAAAUCUAUCUUUGUCAAUCGAAAUCAUACCGGUUAUCAGUCAACGGCCAAGGAUCAUACGUCGUGAACAGCAGCAAAAGAUUGUCAUUGAAUGUGCCGUCAAAUCAGCAAACAAACCUCAAAUUACCUGGAUUCGAGAAUCACUCACAGUCAGAGAAGAUUCUCGACAUCAAAUCAUUGUACGUGAAGAACGUAAAGGCGAAUAUGUUAUUGCUUUGGAGAUUGAUGAACCAACCGAAAAAGAUAAUGGAGCCUACAAGAUGAAAGCAAAAAAUGAAAAAGGUGAAGUUGUCACUGAAGACAUUAUUGUACGUGUGGAUGAUCAGAAAAAGAAAAAAGAGGAAGAAGAAGAACGAGCAACGAAAAAAGCAAAAAAACAAGUAUCCCAACCUCGUGUUGUUCGUGGCCUUCGGUCAGAGAAAGUACAAGUGGGCGAAUCAUUGGAAAUGUCAUGUGAAUACGAAUCUGAAGAAGAUGUUCAAGUCGUUUGCUACAAGAAUCGUCGAGUGAUCAAAGAAAGUCAACGAAUUGUAAUUAUUCGUGAACGUCGAAUCACACGAAUCAUUAUCAAAAGGGUGGAAUUAGAAGAUGAUGGUGAAUAUAUGGUCGAAGUAAGCAAUUCUGCCGGCAAAACUGAAACUACUGGACGUGUCACUGUUCAAGACAAACGUAUGGAUCAGGACGAAGAUGAAGACAAAGAGAAUCAAUUGGGUAAGAAAAAAAUCAAAAAAGAAGAACAAGUGGAAGAUGUCGAAAUGAAAGAUGUCAGCCAAGAUGCGGUGAAAAAAACAGAAGAAACCCAAAAACGAAAAGAAUCUAUCAAACGACGAGAUUCGGAUAGUAAAACCGAAAAUGAACCAAAAACAAAAAAGAUGGCUGAAGAACCGAAACCAGAGGAAGAAAAACCAAAGAAAAAACUUUCGAUCAAAAAAGCAGCUGAACCGUCGGUGACAGAGGAAGAAAAACCAAAAAAGAAACUUUCAGUAAAAAAACCAGCUGAACAGGAACCAGAAAAACCAUCAAUUGAAGAACCAAUUGUAGCCAAAAAAGUUGAAACGGUCGCUGAAACAAAACCAGAGGAAGAAAAACCAAAAAAGAAACUUUCAGUCAAAAAACCAGCUGAACCAAAACCAGAAAAACCAUCAAUUGAAGAACCAAUGGUAGACAAAAAAGUUGAAACGGUCGCUGAAGCAAAACCAGAGGAAGAAAAGCCAAAAAAGAAACUUUCAGUCAAAAAACCAGCUGAACCGAAACCAGAAAAACCAUCAAUUGAAGAACCAAUUGUAGACAAAAAAGUUGAAACGGUCGCUGAAACAAAACCAGAGGAAGAAAAACCUAAGAAAAAGCUUUCGAUCAAAAAACCUGCUGCUGAACAACCAGCCGAAACGCCAGCAGAAGAACCGAAAAGACGAUUAUCGAUCAAAAAGCCAGCAGCUGCUGCUGCUGAAACCACAACUCCAACUCAGGAAACAACAGCUGAACCGGUCAAACGACGUUUAUCAAUAAAAAAACGAUCAUCAGUAUCGACACCAGCCGAAUCAGCUACAUCCAGUCCAGCAAGUACAGCUCCAUCAUCGCCAACAAGCAAAACUGCACCAUCAUCGCUUGCAGCACCAAAUGAGGAAGCUAAACCAGCCAAGCGAUUAUCUAUUAAAAAGCCGCCUAGUCAAGCUUCGAUACCAGAGGAUAAACCAAUAGCCGCCAAAACCGAAGAAGUGAAACGAAAAGAUUCGGUAAAAACAGCAGAAUCUGAACCAGAACAACCGAAGAAAAAAGUGUCGAUCAAGAAGAAAACGCCCAAUGGUGAAUUGCCGCCAGCUACUGUGACCAACAACGAGAAACCACCAGCUGAUGAGAUGCCGAAAAAAGCGACUGCUUCCAAAAUGCAGAAAGUACCAUCGAUCGAGAUACAAACAGCUGAAGAAGAGCGUCCGAGUGCAGCGAAAAAAGGGUCGAUUCGAGAAGCAGCCCGGAAACCGUCAUUGGAGAGUAAGCCGAAAGUAGUGGUAGAAGAUAGUGAUAGUCGUAGGGAUAGUCUCGAUAGACGAGAUAGUCUAACUGAAGCCGGAUCUGCCCGUUCAUCCCGCCGUCCUUCUAUUGUUAUCGUUGCAGAUGAGAAAGGUUUAGCUGUCGAUGAAACUGGACAAAUGAAAAAACUUCGACCAGGUGAGAUGCUCGAAGUUCGCCGUGGCUCACGACGUGGUUCGAAUGUGGUGGAUUUACGUCGUGCUUCAUCCACGGAAAUUGAUCGCGUGGACAAACCAUCGACGCCGUUACGAGAGAUGGGUGAUGAAGGACCACCGGUUGUUACGGAUUUCGUUGAAAACGUUACCGCUACGGAUGGAAAAACUGCUUACGUUCAGGCAACCGUCGAGGGUAAACCGAUACCGAAAUUCAAAUUCUUCAAAGACAAUGUGGAAAUAUUUGAAGGUGGCCGCUAUAAAGUGGUUACCGAUGGUGAAACCAAUACUGUUUAUUUUUGUAUUCGAAAAGCGAAACAAGCAGAUGAAGGUCGAUACAAGAUCGUAGCCUACAAUGAUUAUGGUGAAGAUAGCUGUACAGUGAAGCUUUUCGUUUCCGACGAAAGUGGAAUGGAUUUCCGUGCCAUGCUCAAAAGUAAACAGUAUGCAAAAUGGGCUGUGGAUAAAGAAGAUCCAGAUUGGGGGGCAUUGAAAUCGACUGAAGAUGAAAGACGAGCAUCGCUUCGUGAUACCAGGAAACUGGAUGAAUUUAUUGAAAAGCUUCAGGAUCAACGUGUAAAAGAAGGCCGUGAUAAAACGGCUCGGUUCCAGUGUGUGUUUAGCAAGAAUGGCAUCAAAGCUAAAUGGUUCAAAGGUCGGCAAGAAUUAUUCGCCGGUCGAAAGUAUAAAAUGACUAGCCAAGGUGAUUUACAUGUGCUCGAAAUCAAUGAUCCUCGAGUGGAUGACAUGGGUCAAUAUAAAUGUCAAUGUCUAGAGAAGACAACAAGUGCCGCUCUCGAAGUUGAUUAUCCGGAUCCAGUGUUUAAAUUUACACGACCAUUGGCUAAAAAAUAUGAACAAUAUUGUGGCAAAGAAAUCGUAAUGGAAUGUACGACCAGUCAUUCAAAAGCCCAAGUUGAAUGGUUCAAAGGAUCAAAAAAGAUUGACCGUAAUGAUGAACAUUUUCUCAUUGAACGUGAUAUGUACGGUAAACAUUGGAUCAAAAUCAAACAUUGUCGCGAAGAAGAUACCGAUGAUUUUAGUUGUCGAAUUGUCAACACUGAAGAAACGACUGCCACGAAAUUGGUGGUUACUGAAAAGAAAUAUAUUUUCGUCAAACCGCUGCUCAGUCAGAAAUGUGUGGAAAACGAAACAAUCGUUUUGGAAUGUGAAGUUGAUGACCGGGAUGCUGAAGUUGAAUGGUUUAAAAAUGGACAGAAAGUUAGCCCUGUUGCUAAGAAAUUGGACAUUGUGGCUGAAAAUCGAAAACGAAAAUUGGUCAUCAAAAAAGGUAAAGUUAUUGACGAAGCUCAGUACACUUGCACGACUAAUGGUGAUAAAACGGAAUGUGAAAUUCUUGUCGAACCAUCGAAUAAAUUCCGUAAAAAGCUACAGGACAAAACUGUCAUCGAACGAGAAGAAUUGAUUCUUGAACUGGAAAUGUUAGAAAAAAGAGCACCGUUGACCUGGUACAAGAAUGGUCAAGAGAUGCCUCACAAUGAUCCACGAUUCGUCAUGAAAUUUGAUGAGAUCACGGGCAAACAACAAUUGAUCAUCAAAAAUGCCGUUAUGGAAGAUGCAGGUGAAUAUAUGGCCAAAGCAAAAGACUGUAAAACAUCCUGCAAGGUGACCGUAUUGGAAGGUGAAAAGAAACCGGAAUUGUCACCUGAUAAGACCGAUUUUCAAGGAGAUGUGGGACGUCCAUUGACGAUCGAGAUUCCUUACAAAGUUUUUGGAACCAAACAAUCGGACGUCAUACCCAAACUGACCAAGAAUGGCUUGCCUGUAUUAGCAAAAGAUGUUGACAUUGUGGUCAAAGAAGACAAGAUUGUCAUCACAUUCAAAAAGCCAUCCAGAGAUGAUUCUGGCAAAUAUGAUUUUACAUUGUCCAAUUCACAAGGUGAAGCUAAAGUGCCGUUAAAUUGCAACUUUGUCGAUGUUCCUGGUCCACCAGAAGGUCCGUUAGAAGUGAAAGAUUUGUUUCGUGAUCGAUGCAAAUUAAGUUGGAAACCACCGAAAGAACUUGGUGGUUUGCCACUUUUGCAUUAUGUCGUUGAACGACAAGAUAUUGGCGUACGUGGUGGUUGGACAGAAGUCGGUACGACUGAAGAUCUUAAAAUUGAUGUUACUGAUUUGGCUCAUAAAAAAGAAUACAAAUUCCGUGUGCGAGCAGUGAACAAAAAAGGCGCUUCAGAACCUUUGAAUUCAAGCAAAAACAUUAUCGCAAAAGAUCCAUAUGAUGAACCAUCCAAAGUACAAGAUUGUGAACUGGUCGAUUGGGACAAAGAACAUGUGGAUUUGAAAUGGAAACCACCAGAAAAGGAUGGUGGAUCACCAAUAGAAAAGUAUGUGGUCGAAAUGAAAGAUAAAUUCCAAUCCGAAUGGUCACAAGCGAUCGAAGUACCUGGUGAUAAAUUGAAAGGCAAAGUUUGUGUACCUAUCAUCAAGGAAGGAAACCAGUAUCAAUUUCGUGUUCGUGCUGUCAAUAAAGCUGGUCCAGGUGAACCAUCUGAUCCUACCAAACCGGUUAUAAUCAAAGAUCGUUUCGUAAAACCAUUCAUUGUUGGUGAAGGUCUCAAAAAUAUUGUCGUGAAAAAAGGUGCCAACAUCAAGUAUGACAUUCAAUUCAAAGGUGAACCACCACCAGAAGUUGUUUGGGAUACCAACGAUAACGAACUCAAAUCAUCGUCACGCGUUAGCAUCGAAAAUACGGACAAGACCACAUUGUUGAUUAUAAAACAAGCAGUUCGUGCUGAUUCUGGCAAGUUCCGUCUUACAUUGACCAAUUCAUCGGGAACAUGUACAUCAACGGCCGAUGUAGUUGUAUUGGAUAAGCCAAGCAUGCCUCAAGGGCCAUUGCUCGUCGAAGAUGUUCAUGCUGAACAUUGUAAAUUGAAAUGGAAAGAACCGAAAGAUGAUGGUGGUACCGAUUUGAAAGGCUAUCUGAUCGAAAAACAGGAUGUCGAUUCUGGCCGUUGGAUUCCAUUGGCCGAAGUUGGUCCAAAUGUUCGUGAUUACAAAUGCGAAGGACUUACCAAAGGCAAAAAAUAUAAAUUCCGUGUCAAAGCAGUUAACAAAGAAGGUGAAUCAGAACCAUUAGAAACGUUGGCUCCGAUUCUGGCUAAAAAUCCAUAUGAUGAACCUGGUCCGCCAGGAAAACCAGAAAUUGUCGAUUAUGAUAACACCAAAGUCGAUUUGAAAUGGACACCACCACAAAAUGAUGGUGGCCGGCCAGUAGAAAAAUAUAUAGUCGAAAUGAAAGAGAAAAAUGCUCAGGAUUGGCGACAAGUUGUUGUCACUGAAGGCCCAACACCGGAAGCAACUGUACCACGAUUAAAAGCCAAUAGUGUGGUGCAAUUUCGUGUUAGAGCAAUCAACAUUGCCGGCAAUGGUGAACCAAGUGAACCUACUGAACCUCAUCUGGUUAAACAUCGAAAUCUUAAACCACAAAUUGAUCGAACCAAUUUGAAAAACAUCACAUUGAAAGCAGGACGAUCACACAAGUUUGAAGUAGAUGUGAUUGGUGAACCAGCUCCAGAAAUCCGAUGGACAUUCAAGGAAGAAAAAUUGUCCGAUUCUGAAAAUGUAAAAAUCGACACAAAAGAAUAUCAUACCGAUCUACAGCUGAUGAAAAUGAAACGAAAACAGACGGGAAAAUAUACCAUCACAGCCACCAAUCGCAACGGUACAGAUUCAGUUACUGUCGAAGUGAAUGUUUUGUCUGCACCGGGCAAACCGGAAGGUCCAUUAGAAGUUGAAGACGUGCAUAAAGAAGGCUGUAAACUUAAAUGGAAAAAACCUAAAGAUGAUGGUGGCGUACCUAUCGACCAUUAUGAAGUGGAAAAAAUGGAUAAAGAAACUGGCCGUUGGACUCGAGUGGGCAAAGCUCCAGCCAACAAACCGGAAAUUGAAGUGACCGGAUUAACUCCAGGCCAUGAAUAUCAAUUUCGUGUGGUGGCAGUCAACGAUGAAGGUGAAAGCGAACCUUUGGUUACUGAUCGUGGUACCCUCGCUCGUAAUCCAUACGAUGAACCAGGUAAGCCUGGAACGCCUGAUAUUGUCGAUUAUGACAACACUAGCGUCGAUUUAAAAUGGCAACCACCAAAGAAAGAUGGCGGCUCACCUAUCUUGAAAUACAUCAUAGAAAAGAAAGAAAAGAAUGCUCUACAAUGGGAAAAAGCUACCGAAGUUCCUGGAUCACAAUUAGAAGGCAAAGUAGCCGAUCUGAUCGAACGACAAGAAAUGCAAUUUCGUGUGGUGGCUGUGAAUAAAGCUGGUCCUGGUGAACCAAGUGAUGCUACAAAAAUGCAUACAGUCAAAUUCCGCCGCCUAAAACCAUACAUUGAUCGUACAAAUCUGGAAGAGGUGAUCACCAUUAAACGUGGUAAACAACUGAAACUAGAUGUGAAUGUUCGUGGUGAGCCACCACCAAAAAUCACUUGGAAAUUGGUGGAAAAAGUCAUCACCAAUGAUCAACAUUAUGACAUUGUCAAUGUGGAUUAUAAUACUAAAUUCACAAUCAACGACAGUCAACGAAUGCAUACGGGUAAAUAUAUGAUUAUUGCUGAAAACGAGGUUGGUCGUGAUCAAGCACAAGUGGAAAUAUGUGUUUUAGCUGCACCAUCUCGACCAAAAGGUCCAUUGAAAGUGGAAAAUGUUACGGCCAAAAGUGCAGAUGUCAAAUGGCAGAAACCUGAAGAUGAUGGCGGUAAACCUAUCAAAGGUUAUUUGAUUGAAAAAUUGGAUCCAAACAGUGGUCAAUGGGUUCCAUGUGGAAAAGCCGAUAAAGAUGCUACCGAUUUCACAGUAACUGGAUUGCAGAAAGGAAAACAAUAUAAAUUCCGUGUGAAAGCAUUGAACGAUGAAGGAGAAUCAGAACCAUUGGUCUGUACAGAACCAAUCAUCGCGAAAGAUCCGUACGAAGUGGCCGAUGCUCCAGGUCAGCCAAAGGUCGAUGAUUGGGACGAGAAAAAAGUCGAUCUUAAAUGGACACCACCGAAAAAUGAUGGUGGCGCUCCCAUCACCGGUUACAUUGUCGAAAUGAAAGAUAAAAAUAGCACGCAAUGGAUACCAGUGUUGGAAACACAAUCACCAGCCGCUCAAGCUACUGUUGAAGGAUUAACAAAAGGCAAACAAGUUCAGUUCCGUGUGAAAGCAAAAAAUAAAGCCGGUGAAUCGGAACCAUCACAACCAUCGACUAUGCAUACGGUCAAAGAACGACAUUUGGCACCUAAAAUCAAUCGAGAUACAUUGAAACCGAUUACGAUUCGAUCUGGUGGUACAGCGAAAUUGGACGUGGAAAUCAGUGGUGAACCACCACCGGCUGUAACAUGGACUUUUGAUGGUAAAAAGUUAUUCGAUGAUAACAACACAAAAAUCGAGAAUCCGGAUUAUGAAUCACAUCUACAAAUACGUCACAUGACUCGAGCACAAAGCGGAAAAUAUACCAUAACGGCCGAAAAUGAAUCAGGAAAAGAUGUGGCUGAAGUUGAAAUUAAAGUUUUAGAUCGGCCAUCUAAGCCUGAAGGACCAUUAGAUGUUAGUGAUGUUCAUGCUGAAGGUUGUAAAUUACAAUGGCGACCACCCAAAGAUGAUGGUGGUGUUCCAAUCGAAAACUAUGUUGUCGAAAAGAAGGAUAGCCAAACCGGAAGAUGGGUACCAUGUGCAAAAGUUGGGCCCAGUGACACUGAAUGUAAAGUUACCGGCUUAGAUCAGGGUAAAAAAUACGAGUUCCGUGUAAAAGCAGUCAAUCCUGAAGGUGAUUCAGAUUAUCUGGAUACUGAUCGUUCAACAUUGGCGAAAAAUCCAUAUGAAGAACCUGGACAACCUGGGAUGCCAACUAUUGAAGAUUGGGACAAAAAUUGGGCACAAUUGAAAUGGGAACCACCCAUCAGAGAUGGUGGUGCACCCAUUACCGGUUACAUCAUUGAAAAAGACAAAUACAGUCCAGAUUGGGUGCAAGCUGCAGUAAUCGACGGUAAUAUUUGUCAAGGAAAAGUGAAAGGUUUACACGAAGGUGACAAAUACGAAUUCCGUAUUCGUGCAGUUAAUAAAGCUGGUGCUGGAGCUCCAUCCGAAUCGGUUGGUCCACAUUUGGCUAAAACCCGAUGGUUAAAACCGCAAAUCGAUCGAACAAACAUGCAGCCGAUAACCGUGAAAGUAGGACAAAUGGUAUUCAUGGAUGUCAAUGUUAUUGGUGAGCCAGCACCGAAAACUGUUUGGUCUUUCAAAGGAGAAGAAUUGAAAACGAACGAAGUUUAUAAUAUCAAUGAUGUCGAUUACAAUACUAAAUUCACAUUGAAUCGUGCUACUCGAAAAACACGCGGUGUGUACACGUUGACUGCUAAGAAUGAAGUUGGUGAAGACACUGCAGAAGUUGAGAUCAAAGUUUUGGGCAAACCAUCAAAACCACAAGGACCGUUAGAAGUUUCAGAUGUACAUAAAGAAGGCUGUACAUUGAAAUGGAAACCACCCGAAGAUGAUGGUGGAUGUCCAAUCGAAUGUUAUGAAGUGGAAAAAAUGGAUGAAGAAACCGGUAGAUGGGUUCCAUGCGGUAAAGCCGGACCCAAUGAUACUAAAUUGAAGGUGAAUAAUCUUGUACCUGGAAAGAAAUACCAAUUUCGUGUUCGUGCCUGUAAUAAAGAAGGUGAUUCCGAAGAAUUGGAAACUGAUACCGCUACGUUGGCUAAAAAUCCAUUUGAUGAACCAGAUAAACCCGGUAGACCUGAACCCAUUGACUGGGAUUCUGAUCAUGUUGAUCUGGCGUGGAAACCCCCCGAAAAUGAUGGUGGAGCUCCAAUCGAGAAAUAUGUUGUUGAAAAACGAAAGAAAGGAACACAUAAAUGGCAUAAAGCAAAAGAAACAAAAGGGCCAGAACCAUCAGUAACAGUGGAUGGACUUGAAGAAGGUGAACAAUAUGAAUUCCGAGUUAUUGCCGUCAAUAAAGCUGGUCCAAGUGAACCUAGUGAUCCAUCAAGAACAGUGAUUGCUAAACCUCGAAAGCUGGCGCCAAUCAUUGAUCGAACAAAUCUGAAAAACAUUAAAAUUCGUGCCGGUCAACCGGUCAAAUUUGAUGUAGAUGUCAAAGGAGAACCAGAACCGACAAUUGAAUGGUCAUUCAAGGAUGAAAAACUUAAAUCCGAUGAUCAUCAUAAAAUUGAGAAUGAACCAUAUCAUACAUUGUUCAUGUUGAUCAAUUCAAAACGUGAAGAUACUGGUAUCUAUAGGAUUUUGGCGAAAAACGAACAUGGCACUGAUGAAGCAGAAGUGGAAAUAACAGUCACAUCUAAACCAUCGAAACCUGAAGGACCAUUAGAUGUAAGCGAUGUUCAUGCCGAAGGUUGCAAACUAAAAUGGAAAAAACCCGAAGAUGAUGGUGGUGAACCCAUUCUCAACUAUCAGAUUGAAAAACAAGACACAGAAACUGGCCGCUGGGUUCCAGUGUGCACAUCACGAGAACCAGAAGCAGAUAUCACUGGUUUAAUACCGGGUCAUGAAUACAAAUUCCGUGUGAAAGCGGUGAAUGCUGAAGGUGAAUCUGAACCAUUGGAAACGGAUCAUGCAACUGUUGCGAAAAAUCCAUUCACUGAACCGGAUAAACCAGGUAAACCACAAGUAGUGGAUUGGGAUCGUCAUCAUGUUGAUUUGAAAUGGGAAUCACCGAAAGAUGAUGGAGGUGCACCAAUUACCGGUUACAUUAUUGAAAAGAAAGAAAAAACCGGUAAAAAUUGGAGCAAAGCAUUGGUCGUUGAUGGUCCAAUAACUGAAGCACGUGUACCGGAUCUAAUCGAAGGUGUUGAUUAUCAAUUCAGAGUCAAAGCAGUUAACAAAGCAGGUCCUGGUGGACCAAGUGAUGCAAGUGAAGUAGUUACCACAAAACCAAGACAUUUAUUGCCUAAAAUCGAACAUGUUCGUGAUAUCACUGUACAUGCUGGACAACCGAUCAAAUUAGAUGUGAAAGUGAUUGGUGAGCCACCACCGAAAACAAUGUGGUAUCGUGGAGAUGAUGAUAAACCGUUAUCCUCUGGCAGCGAUCUCAAGAUUGAAAACGAACCAUAUCGAACUAAAUUGAUGGUUCCCAAUGCUAAGCGUUCGGACACCGGAAUGUACAAAUUGGUUGCAUCGAAUCCUUCUGGCACUGAUGAAGCAGAAGUCAAAGUGACCGUAUUGGACAAGCCUGCAGAACCAGAAGGUCCACUAGAUGUUAGUGAUGUUCAUGCUGAAGGCUGUAAAUUGAAAUGGAAACCUCCCAAAGAUGAUGGUGGCGUUCCUAUCGAAGCAUAUGUUGUGGAAAAACAGGAUCAAGCUACUGGAAAAUGGGUUCCGGUUUGCCAGACAACAACACCAGAAGCGAAUAUUUCAAAUUUAGAACCAGGCCAUGAAUAUAAAUUCCGUGUAAAAGCUGUGAAUGCUGAAGGUGAAUCUGCUCCGUUGGUUACUUUAGAACCAACAUUGGCCAAAAAUCCAUAUGAUCCCCCCGGAGCACCAGGAACACCGAAAGUAACUGAUGUGGAUAAAAAUCAUGUCGAUCUUCAAUGGGAACCACCAGCCAAAGAUGGUGGAGCUCCAAUUUCUGGAUACAUUAUCGAGAAAAAAGAAAAGGGCAGCGAUAAAUGGGUCAAAGCUUGUCAAAUUCCAGGUGAUGACACAAAAGCCCGUGUUCCAGAUCUGGAAACUGGCCAUGAAUACCAAUUUCGUGUAAAAGCCGUGAACAAAGCUGGACCAGGUGCACCCAGUGAUGAAACGAAAAUGGUUCUCGUGAAACACAAGAAAUUGGCGCCAAAAAUUGAUCGUAAAAAUCUGAGACCGAUCAAAAUCAAAGUUGGCCAAGAAUUUGUAUUCGAUGCCGAUGUAAUUGGUGAACCAGUUCCCGAAGUUGUCUGGAAACUCAAAGAUAAAAUGGUUAGUGAUAAAGCAAAUUUGACCAUAACAAACAAACCUCAUCAUACACGGUUGGAAUGCGAUAAAGCUACACGUAAAGAUGCAGGUGUUUAUCAUGUGAUUGCCACCAACAAAUGGGGUGAAGAUCAGGCGGAUAUUGAAGUGAAAAUAGUAGGAAAACCAUCAAAACCAAAAGGACCACUUCAAGUGGAAGAUAUACGAAAAGAUGGCUGUACAUUAAAAUGGGAAAAACCUGAUGAUGACGGUGGCGAACCAUUGGAAGGAUAUUUGGUGGAAAAAUUGGAUCCUGAAACUGGUUCAUGGAUACCGGUGGGAAAAACAUUUAUACCCGAAAUGAAUGUUAACAAUUUGAUGCCUGGCAAGCAAUAUUCAUUCCGUGUGAAAGCAAUCAAUAAAGAAGGAGAAUCUGAACCACUAGAAACAUUGUCUCCGAUAAUUGCAAAAGAUCCAUAUGAAACACCUGGACAACCUGGACGGCCAGAACCAGUGGAUUGGAAUAAAGAUCACGUGGAUUUGAAAUGGGAGCCACCAGCCAACGAUGGUGGAGCACCGAUUGAAUCUUAUAUCAUUGAGAAACGAGAACGAGGUUCAGGUAGAUGGAUGAAAGCAGCUGAAGUUCCUGGUGAUCAAACCCGUGGUACAGCACCAAAUCUGGAGGAAGGCAAAGAAUACGAAUUUCGUGUUACUGCCGUCAACAAAGCUGGACCCGGAGAACCAUCGGAAGCAUCUAAAUCAGUGGUGGCAAAACCUAGAUUCCUUGCGCCACGAAUCGAUAGAAUUGCAUUUAAAGAUCUAACCAUAAGUGCUGGUCAAAAGAUAUUUUACGAUGUUCCUGUUAUUGGUGAACCUCCACCGGAAAUCACUUGGAAUAUUAAUGGCAAAACAAUGCCCGCUGAAGGUGAUACACAUCACAAAAUUGAAACCGAAGAUUAUAAUACCAAAUUAACAGCAAGAAAUGCAACAAGAGGCGAUUCUGGUGUUUAUACCAUUACUGCGAUUAAUAGCUCUGGUAGAGAUACAGUCACUGUACAAGUGACGGUCACGGAUAAACCUACACCACCUGAAGGACCAUUAGAUGUGAAAGAUGUUCAUAAAGAAGGAUGUAAACUAAGCUGGAAAAAACCAAAAGACGAUGGUGGAUUGCCUCUCGAAGGAUAUCUUGUUGAAAAAAUGGACACUGAUUCUGGAUUAUGGGUGCCCAUCGGUAAAACUAAAGGCACCAAUAUGGAUGUAAACGGACUAGUACCUGGAAAAGAAUACAAAUUCCGUGUAUCUGCUGUCAACAAAGAAGGCGAAUCUGAACCAUUGGAAACAUUGAAACCAAUCAUUGCUAAAAAUCCAUUCGAUGAACCAGGUCAAACGGGAAAACCACAGGUUACUGAUUGGGAUAAAGAUCAUGCUGAUCUACAAUGGGAACCACCAAAAGAAGAUGGUGGCGCUCCUGUCGAGAAAUAUAUCAUUGAAAAACGUGACAAACAUGGCGAUUGGGAGAAAGCGGCAGAAGUUCCAGGUGGUGCAAAUUCUGCCACCGUUGAAGAUUUGAUUGAAGGACAUUCAUACGAAUUCCGUGUAAAAGCUGUGAAUAAGGCAGGACCAGGUGAACCAUCCGAACCAUCUGAUAUGAUUGUGGCUAAACCACGUCGUCUUCCACCGAAAAUUGAUCGUACCAAUCUGCAAAAGAUUAAAUUAAAAGCAGGUCAAGCGUUUAACUUUGACGUAAACGUUAGUGGUGAACCUGCUCCCGAUACUGAAUGGCGAUUGAGAGAUCAAACGGUGAAAAGUGUUGGCAAUGUCAAAGUACAACAUGAACCAUACAAUACAAAACUUAAUGUUCGACAAGCAACACGAGCUCAAUCAGGUAUCUUUACUGUGAAAGCUACCAAUAAAUAUGGUGAAGAUGAAGCUCAAGUUGAAGUUAUUGUAUUGGAUCGUCCCUCACCUCCUGGCGGUCCUCUUCGUAUUGAAGAUGUUCACGCCGAAGGCGCUACACUUAAAUGGCGUCCACCCGAAGAUGACGGUGGCUUACCAAUCGAUCAUUAUGUUGUGGAAAAAAUGGAUCCAACUACCGGUAUUUGGACACCGGCUGCUGAAACUAUUGGUGCAGAAACAACAGCCGAUGUCAAAGGUCUCACACCAGGAAAGAAAUACAAAUUCCGUGUCAAAGCAGUCAAUCGACAAGGAGAUUCUGAUCCAUUGUAUUCUGACAAAGAUAUUAUCGCCAAAAAUCCGUUUGAUCCACCUGGACAACCAGGUAAACCAGAAAUUGCUGAUUAUGAUACAGAUUUUGUUCAAUUGAAAUGGAAGAAACCAGAAAACGAUGGUGGUGCUCCUAUUACCGGUUACAUCAUUGAAAAGAAAGAUAAAUAUAGUAACGAUUGGACACCAGCGGCAGAAAUCGAAGGCGAUGUAACCACCGGUCGUGUUAACGAUCUAAUUGAAGGCCAACAAUAUGAAUUCCGUGUUCGUGCCGUAAACAAAGGCGGUCAAGGUGAACCAUCAGAUUCCACUGGACCACACAUUGCUCGACCAAAGAAUGCACCACCAAAGAUUGAUAGAAAUUAUAUGCGCGAUAUUCGUGUUAAAGCCGGUAAAAAUGUUGAAUUGGAAGUGCCGAUUUCUGGUGAACCACCACCAAACAAAAAAUGGACUGUUGAUGGAAUGCCCGCGCCUGAUCGUUGGGUGAUCACUAACGAAGAUUAUAAAACACAUUUAUCGAUCAAGAAUGCUGAACGUAAAGAUAGCGGUCAAUUGAUGUUGACUGCCACCAAUAUUAACGGCACAGAUACGGCUACCAUCACAUUGACUGUAUUGGAUGUACCUGGAGCACCAGAAUCAAUGCGUAUCAAUAAUGUGACCAAAGAUGGUUGUUUUGUUUCAUGGCAACCUCCAAAAGAUGAUGGUGGUUCAGAUAUUCAACACUAUGUAGUGGAAAAAAGAGACAUGGAAACAGGUCGUUGGACGAUGGCUGGUGAAUCAACAUCACCCAGUCUUCGUGUCGAUAAAUUGAUCGAAGGUCAUGAAUAUUCAUUCAGAGUGAAAGCUGUAAAUCGUGAAGGCGAAUCUCCAUGGCUAACUGGAAAAGAAUCGAUCAUCGCUAAGAAUCCAUUCGAUGUGGCAUCCAAACCACAGGCACCACAGGUUGUCGAUGUUGAUGCCGAUCAUGUAGAUUUAGAAUUCAGACCACCUCGUAAUGAUGGAGGCACACCAAUCACAGAAUAUAUUAUCGAAAAGAAACCAAAGAAAUCACCAUUUUGGCAAGAAGCAGUUCGUGUGGCUGCACCUCCAAAACCAAAAGCUGGUGAUGAUGGCGAAGCUGCUGCCAAUGUACCAAUACGAACAACGGUUCCUGAUCUGAUCGAAGGUGAAGAAUAUGAAUUCCGAGUAGUUGCAGUGAAUAAAGCCGGUCCCAGUGAUCCAAGUGAUCCAUCAGAAGCGGUGGUUUGUCGUCCAACCAAAGUACCGCCAUCGAUCGAUCUAGGAGCUAUGAAAGAUAUUUAUGUGAGAGUUGGACGAGCAAUCAAUUUUACCGUACCUUAUAAAGGAACACCAUGUCCAACAGCUACCUGGACCAUUAAAGGCAAAGAUGUUGUUGCUGGUGCUGAUAAGCGUGUUGAAUGUGAAAAUAUGGCUGCAUCAGCUAUUAUCAACAUUACAAAUUCGGUACGUGAAGAUUCUGGUCAAUACAAAUUAACUUUGAAGAAUCCGUAUGGUGAAUGUUUUGCUUCGGCCAAAGUUACCGUAUUGGAUCGGCCAUCACCACCAGAAGGUCCAUUGGAAAUUAGUGAAGUUACAAAAGAAUCCUGUAAACUUAAAUGGCGUGUACCAAAAGAUGAUGGUGGUUCACAAAUCAUUCGAUAUGUUUUGGAAAAAAUGGACAUUUCACGUGGUUCAUGGACAGAAUGUGGUACAAGUUCUGAUUUGACAUUCAAAGUAACAAAAUUGGUGCAUAAAAAACAAUAUCAAUUCCGUGUGAUAGCUGUUAAUGAGAUUGGUGAAUCUGAACCAUUGGAAGGAUCGGAUAUUAUAACGGCUAAAAAUCAAUUUGAUGUUGCAGAACAACCUGGAAGGCCAUUGGUAAAAGAUUGGGGUCCAAAUCAUGUGGAUUUAGAAUGGAAAGCUCCGAUUGAUGAUGGUGGUUGUCCAAUUACUGGCUAUUUGAUUCAGAAAAAAGAGAAAAACAGUCCAUUCUGGACCAAAGCUACUACUGUGCAAGGAAAUCAAACUAAAGCUACAGUUCCUGAUCUUCGUGAAGGUGCUGAUUAUGAAUUCCGUGUGAUUGCAUUGAAUAAAGCAGGUGAAUCUGAACCAAGUGAACCUAGCGAUAUGGUCACAUGUAAACAUCGUAAUCUUGCACCGAAAAUUCUUACACCAUUGAAAGAGAUUCGAAUGAAACAUGGUCAAAAAUUAGAGGUAACCAUAGAUUUUGUCGGUGCACCACCACCUGAAGUUCAAUGGAUUAAUUCAAAGACCGGCAAACCGAUUGAAUCGGAUGCAAGAUUAACAAUUUCGAAUUCAGAUGACAAAACCGUUUUGAGCAUUGUCGAUACAAAACGUGGUGAUAGUGGUGAAUAUAAACUUAAAUUGACCAAUGUAAAUGGUAGUUGUGAAGGUGUAUUGCCCAUUGUCAUUAUGGAUAAACCAUCACCACCAGAAGGACCAUUAGAAGUGAUGAAUGUUGAUAAAGAUAAUAUGGACCUUAAAUGGCGACCACCUAAAGAUGAUGGAGGAUGUCCACUGGUUGGAUAUGUGAUUGAGAAACGUGAUAAAACGGCUGGUGGUCAAUGGGUUCCUGCCUUGAUUAAUGUUCCAGCUACAGCUACCCAUGCUAAUGUACCAAAAUUGAUUGAAGGUCAUGAAUAUGAAUUCCGUAUUAUGGCCGAGAAUUCACAAGGUUUAUCAGAACCAUUAAAAACUGAUAGACCGAUCAAAGCGAAAGCUCAAUUUACUGUACCUGAUCGUCCUGGACAACCGGAACUGGUGGAUUCGGAUAGAACAUUCAUAACAAUCAAAUGGGCACCACCACGUUCAGAUGGUGGAUCACCCAUUACUGGUUAUGAUGUUGAACGUCGUGAUAUUAAAUCUGGUCGUUGGAUUAAAGUCAAUAAAUUCCCGGUGGUUGGAGAACGUACCUAUACUGAUGAUACAGUUACUGAUGGUCAUAUUUAUGAAUAUCGAGUUGUAGCCAUUAAUCGUGUUGGACCAAGUGAACCAAGUGCGCCAUCAAAACAAUUGGUUGCAAAACCAUUGAAAGAAGCACCUCGAUUAGAUUUAGAUGGUUUGAGAGGCAAAACAAUUCGUGUACGUGCAGGUGAUCCAUUGGAAAUUGUCAUUCCAAUGAACGGAGCACCUACGCCCACUGUUGAAUGGCAGAUCAAUGGACAGCCAAUGAAACCGACAAACCGUAUUGAAACAAAAACCAAAGAUGAAUUAACAUGGCUCAAGAUUCCAGUCUCGCAACGAACCGAUUCUGGAACCUAUAAAAUUAUUGCCAAAAAUCCCUAUGGUGAAGAUUCAGCCAACAUUGAAGUUUUGGUCUAUUCAGCUCCAUCACCACCUCGUGGACCAUUGGAACAUUCAAACAUUACAGCUCAAUCAGUACAAUUGUCAUGGCGAAAACCAGAAGACGAUGGUGGUGCUGAAAUAAUUGGCUAUUCAAUGGAAAAAUGUGUGUUUGGUAGUGAUGUAUGGCUACCAGCUGGUUAUUCAUCGUCGACUACAUUCACUGUAAAAAAUCUAGAUGAAGGCAAACAAUACAAAUUCCGUGUUCGUGCCGAGAACAUGCAUGGUAUAUCUGAACCAUUGGAAAGUGCCAAACCUAUAACAGCGAAAAAUCAAUUCGACACUCCAGAUUCUCCUGGUCAACCACAAAUUCUUGAUUAUGGACCUUCAUUUGCUCAACUCAAAUGGACAGCUCCAUUAUCGGAUGGUGGACGUCCAAUUCAAGGUUAUAUUGUUGAGAAACGAGAAAAAAAUCAAACCGAUUGGACUGCAGUCAAUAUGAAUCCGACACCUGGCACAGAAUUCACAGUGAACAAUUUGACCGAAGGUCGAUCCUAUGAAUUUCGUGUUAUUGCUGUGAAUGAAGGUGGCAAAGGUAAACCAUCGAAACCAUCUGCUAUGAUGACUGCAAAAGAAAGAAAAUAUCCACCCGAAGCUCCUGAUAUGCCACGUGUUGACAAAAUCACCAAAGAUUCUGUCACGUUGACUUGGCGAAAACCAUUCAAUGAUGGUGGAUCAAAAAUCACUGGUUACAUUGUUCAAAAACGACCGAAAAAUGGCAAAGAUUGGGAGAAUGCAACCAAAUAUCCAUGUCCAGAUACACGAUUUACUGUACCGAAUCUAACCGAGGGUGAUGAAUAUGAAUUCCGUAUUAUCGCCGUGAAUGAUCAAGGUGAAUCACCACCAAGUAAACCUUGUCCAAUGGUUCGUGUGGAAGAACAACCAAACAAACCUUGUAUUGAUGUUGGCGCCGUCAAAGAUAUCACCGUCAAAGCUGGCCAAGAUUUUACCAUCGAUGUUCCGUUCACUGGUUUUCCACGUCCAACAGCAACAUGGUCUAGUAAUGAUAUUGAAAUUCUUGAUACUGAUUCUCGUUUCACAUUUGGAUUGACCGAUACGAAUGCUACAUUGGCAUGUAAGAAUGCUAAACGAGAAUAUACUGGUAAAUAUACGAUCAUGUUGAAGAAUCCAUCUGGUUUCGAUACUUGUACCUGUAAUGUUAAAGUUUUGGAUCGUCCUAAACCGCCAACAAAUUUCUUCUGUGAAGAAGUAGAUGGAGAAUCAUUGACAUUAAAAUGGUCACCACCAAAAGAUGAUGGUGGAUCUGAAGUUACAAAUUAUGUUCUCGAAAAACGUGAAGCUGGUACAUCAACAUGGACUAAAGUUAGCAGUUUUGUUCAUGGAACUGCAUUCCGUGUCAAAAAUCUUACUAUUGGUCGUGCCUAUGAUUUCCGUGUUGCUGCCGAAAAUCAAUAUGGAUUGUCUGAUUUCACUGUCACUGAUGAACCGAUAACAGCUCGAUAUGCUUUUUCGACGCCAUCAGCACCUGGUGCACCAAGAGCUGUGGACACUACACCCGAUUCAAUAACAUUGACAUGGACUCGGCCAAGAAAUGAUGGUGGAUCACCAAUCACUGGUUAUGUGCUUGAAAAACGUAAAGUUGGUGAUACACAAUGGGCCAAAGCAACCGGUGCUAUUAAUCAGGUGAAUGAAACAACAUUCAAAGUCCAUGGUUUGAAAGCCAAUGAAGAGUAUGAAUUCCGUGUGGCCGCUGUCAAUCUAGCUGGACGUGGUGAUUACAGUGAAGCAAGUGAACGUAUCACUGCCCGUUAUCCACCAUCACCACCACGAAUUAAUGCCGAUUUCCGUUUGAAAGAUAUUGUUGUGCGUGCUGGUGAAACAUUCCAGCUAACCGUUCCCAUCAUUGGAUCGCCAACACCAACAGCUGAAUGGUUUAUGAAUGAAAAACUUAUUCAACCAGAUGAUCGAAUGUAUUCAGAAGUGAAUGCAGAAUUUACCGUAUUGUUGAACAAAAAAGCCAAACGUGAAGACACUGGUCGAUAUACGAUCAAAUUAACAAAUUCAGAAGGAAGCGAUUCAGCAUCGUGUCGUGUGUUGGUUGUCGAUGUUCCUGGCCCACCACAAGGUCCAUUGGAAAUGUCCGAUGUUACACCCGAAUCAUUAUCUAUUCGAUGGUCACCUCCAUUGGAUGAUGGUGGUUCACCAAUUACCAACUACAUACUUGAACGUCAAGAUCAGGCUGGCAGUAAACAAUGGAUUCGAUGCAGUGCUUUCAUUCGUAACUGUCAUUUCGAAGUGAUGGGCUUAGAAGCCAAUCAUCUUUAUCAUUUUCGUGUUCGAGCUGAAAAUCAAUAUGGUGCUGGUGAAGCUAUUCAAACCGAUAAACCGGUGAAAGCUUGCUUCCCAUUCACGGUGCCUGAUCCACCAGGAAAACCAAACGUAAUGGAUACAGAUCGAAAUAAAGUUCGUCUUUCAUGGGAAAGACCACUCAAAGAUGGUGGAUCCAAGAUUCAAGGCUAUACCGUUGAAUAUAUGGAUCCAAUCGAUGGACGAUGGAUGACAGCCAAUAUUGAACUGAUCAAAGGAACCACCUAUACAGUCACCGGUUUGAUUAACGAUCGUGAAUAUGAAUUCCGUGUGAAAGCGAAAAAUGCAGCUGGUUAUUCGAAACCAAGUCCUAGUUCCGGUUUGAUUUCGAUGAAAGGCAAAAUUGGGGUACCAUCAGCACCCCGUGAUUUACGUGUUGUGAAAGUUGGACGAAAUUAUGUCGAUCUAAAGUGGGAACCACCACGAUCAGAAGGUGGAUCCAGAAUUACUGGUUAUCUCGUCGAACGAAAAGAAGUGGGUGGUUCACAUUGGUACAAAGUUAACGAAUAUGGUGCUCUCGACUGUCAAUACACUGUGCUCAAUUUACCUGAACAUUCGGAAUACGAAUUCCGUGUAUCGGCCAUCAAUGCGGCCGGAACAUCUGAACCAGUAUACACUACGGCUCCUGUGAAGAUUCAAGAAUUUGCUGAAGGUGCUAAACCGGAAUUUGUUCGUAAAUUGAUCAAUAAAAGUACGAAUCUACAUACAGAAGUUACCUUUGAAUGUGAAGCUACUGGUAAACCAUUACCUACAGCUCGUUGGUUUAAAAAUGGUCGUGAAAUUGUUGGUGGUCGUUACAAAACAUACGAAACAGACGAAGGUGUUUUCAAAUUAGUGAUUAUGGAUGUUCAAGAAGGUGAUGAAGGUGAAUAUACAUGUGAAGCUAUGAAUGCAUUUGGUUCGGUUCGAACGAUGGCACCAUUGAAAUUGGCUGAAGCACCAGAAAUACUUCGAUGUCCAAAUGAAAUCAGUCUCGUUGAAAGUGAUAAUGGAAAAAUCAAAUUAUUCUUCUCAGGUACAGUCCCUGUCGAUGUUGUGCUGACUAAAGGUGGUCAAACAUUGGCUGAAGAUGAUGGCCAUCUUAAAUAUGUUGUAUUUGACGAUUAUGCCAUCAUCUACGUUCGUGAUGUGAAAAAAAGCGACGAAGGACAAUACACAAUUCAAGUGAAGAAUGAUUCAGGUUCAGCAUCAGCUUCAUUCCGUGUGCUGGUUACUGGGUUACCUGAUCCACCGACCGGACCAUUGGAAGUGGGUGAAAUCAACAGAAAUUCUGUGACUAUAUCAUGGCGACCGCCCAAGAAUGAUGGUGGCAAAAAGGUGACACAUUAUAUUGUUGAACGUAAAGAAGCAACAUUGAACACCUGGAUAACGGCCAGUAGCUGUGUGAAAGAAACACAUUUCACAUUGCAAGGUUUGAAUGAAGGUGGCGAAUAUCUAUUUAGAGUGUUUGCCGUCAACGAGAAUGGUCAAUCCAGACAAGCAUUGGAAGGUGAUUCACCUGUUGUGCCUAAAUUACCGUUCAAUCGGCCAUCACCGCCUGGCGUUCCAGAAGUUACAUCAGUUGGUGGUGAUUUUGUCAAUCUUAGUUGGACUAAACCAGAAUCUGAUGGUGGUUCAAGAAUUCAAGGUUAUGUGGUUGAACGCCGAGAAACUGGAUCUACACAUUGGCAACGUUGUAAUGUGGCACUAUGUCAUGCAACUCAAAUCAAUAUUGCCAAUCUUAUCGAAGAUCGUGAAUACGAAUUUAGAGUGUCUGCCGUAAACGAAGCUGGCCAUUCAGAACCAUCUUCUAAUACACGACCAGUGCGUGUAAAAGAUCCUGAUCAGGCAGUUCCACCGGAAUUCGUUGAACCAUUGCAUACAGUUAUGGCCAUUGAGAAUCGAUCGGCAGAAUUCCGUUGCACAGUGACUGGUGUACCUAAACCAACCAUCACCUGGUAUAAAGGAGUUCGUGAAUUGUUUGAUGGUGGCAAAUUUACCAUGUUAAGAGAUGGUGAAAGUUACAUCUUACGAAUUGAUAAUGUUUAUGGUGAAGAUGCUGAUGAAUAUUGUUGCAAAGCAAGCAACAAAGCAGGAACACGUACUUCUCGAGCAGAAUUAAUCAUAAAAACGGCUCCCAAAUUGCAUGUACCACCUAGAUUCCGUGAAGCAGCAUGUUUUGAACGUGGUGAAAAUGUUCAGAUCAAAAUUCCAUUCACUGGUUAUCCGAAACCGAAAAUUCGUUGGACUAAAGAUGGUGAAGAAAUCGAGAAAGGUGAUCAUUUCGAUUUGAUUGUUCAGGAUCGACAUGCUAUUCUAGUCAUUCGUAAUACAUCCAAAGAAGAUAAUGGUCCAUAUACGAUUACAGCUGAAAACGAACUUGGUAUCGAUACUGCAGUCAUCAAUGUAAUGAUAUCCGAUCGACCGGAUCCACCAAGAUUCCCGAUCAUUGAAAAUGUUGGUGAUGAUUGCGUUACAUUAACAUGGAAAGCACCAUUGUGGAAUGGUGGCUCACAAAUUACCAACUAUGUGAUUGAAAAACGAGAAGCUGGUAUGACAAGCUGGGUGAAAGCUGCUACUACUCGAUUCCAGGUACAUCAAAUCACCAACCUUAGCUCGGGUAAAGAAUAUGAAUUCCGUGUUUUUGCUGAAAAUGUUUACGGUCGAUCUGAACCAUCGGAAACAACACAAAAAGUAGCCGUAAAAGGAGAAAAGAAACGUCAGAAACGAACACCAUGGGAAUUGGAUGCUCAAGGCAAUAAGAUUCAUGGUCGUGGUGAUCGACAAUCGAAUUAUGAUCAAUUUGUUUCGGAUUAUGAUUCAACAAUGGCUUUCCCAGUGGAAAUCAAAACCAACGAAUCGGUCUAUGAUUAUUAUGAAAUUCUUGAAGAGAUUGGUGUCGGUGCAUUCGGUGUUGUACAUCGUUGUCGUGAAAAGAAAACCGGUCGAAUAUUCGCUGCCAAAUUCAUACCGGUAUCACAUCCAUUAGAGAAAUCAAUCAUACGAAAAGAGAUUGAUAUAAUGAAUCAAUUACAUCAUGUUAAAUUGAUUCGUUUGAAUGAUGCAUUCGAAGAGGACGAUGAAAUGGUAUUGAUCUAUGAAUUUAUGUCUGGUGGUGAACUAUUCGAACGAAUCACUGAUGAUAAUUAUACGAUGACUGAAGCUGAAGCGGCCAAUUAUAUGCGGCAAAUCAUCGAAGGUAUCAAACAUAUGCACGAAAAGAACAUCAUUCAUUUGGACAUUAAACCGGAAAAUAUUAUGUGCCAAAAACGUAACAGUAAUCUGGUGAAGAUUAUCGAUUUUGGUUUGGCCACCAAACUUGAUCCACAUGAAAUGGUUAAAAUUUCUACUGGAACUGCUGAAUUUGCUGCACCUGAAAUUGUCGAUAGAGAAGCUGUUGGAACUUAUACGGACAUGUGGGCCUGUGGUGUGUUGACCUAUGUCCUGUUGAGUGGAUUGACACCGUUUGCAGGUGACAAUGAUAUCGAAACUUUGAAGAAUAUUAAGGCUUGCCAUUGGGAAUUUGAUCCCGAUGCAUUCAAAAACAUUUCGGAAGAGGGCAAAGAUUUCAUUCGUCAUUUGUUGACGAAAGAAAAAGAAAAACGUAUGACUGCACAUGAAUGUCUGGAACAUCCUUGGCUCAAACAACUAGAGAUACCGCAUACGGAUGCCAUUUCUGGUCGUAAAUAUCAGGAUAUUCGUGAUCGAACCAGAGCUAAAUAUCCAUCUUGGGACAGAGCAUUGGUACCGUUGGGUCAUAUUGCCAAUUAUAGUUCGUUACGUAAACUUCAGGAUGAGAAAUACAAAUUGCAUGAUUUGUUCUUGGAUCGUCGUGAAAUGUUGCCACGUUUCGUGCUUAAACCACAAUCAACAAUUGCCUAUGAAGGUCAAUCGGCUAAAUUCUUCUGUCGUGUGAUUGCUGCAGCACCACCAACAUUGAGUUGGUAUCGCGAAGGCAUGGAACUACGACAAUCAGUGAAAUUCAUGAAACGAUAUGCCGAAAGUGAUUAUACAUUUGUCAUCAAUCGUUGUAAACUAGAAGAUCGUGGUGAAUACAUUAUUCGUGCUGAAAAUCAUUAUGGAUCACGAGAAGAGCCUGUAUUUUUGAAUGUUUUACCAUUACCUAAAGAGGAAUAUAAAUUGCCAACAGAAUCGGAACCAAGACGUCGACGACAAGAAGCGCCUAAAAUGUGGCUUGAUGAACCAUGUGAUUCUGGACCACAUUUCACUUUCUUUCUUCGUACACGUAUCAUUCAGAUGGGUAUCGGUGUUCGUCUUUUAUGUUGUUUGACCGGUAAACCAUGGCCACAGAUUAAAUGGCUCAAAGAUGGUCGAGAAUUGCAUAAAUCUGAAUACACAAUGAAAUCUGCAGAUGGUGUUGUCACAUUGGAUAUUGUAUCGUGUCGUAUGGAAGAUGCCGGUAAAUAUACAUGUAUCGCAAGCAAUUCACUUGGAACAGCCGAAACAUCUUGUGCUGUCGUUGUUGAACCUAAACGAAUUAUAUCACCAUCACCAUGUCUAUCACCAAGAGCAGGAACUCCGAUACCUGGUCUGACCAGUUCUAUCAUGUCACCACUAGAAGCCUAUUACAAAGAAGGUGGUGCAUCAACCACCAUCCGUAAUUCGAUGCGUGAAGCACGUGCAUCCAGCAUGUAUACAAGUCGUCGUAAAGAUUCAUUGACAAGUACAGUGACAGAUUAUUCCGGUGGAUCAUCAAGUACCACAUACCGAAACACUACUUAUCAACAUCAAUCUUCCUAUACGGGAACAUCAUCCACAUUACGAGAUCGCCAUGUGUCGACAAGAACAUCAUCAUAUGAUAAACACGAUAGUCUUUCGAGAUUACGAUCACAAUCACCUUCGUAUCAAUACCAUUCAACGAUCAGUAGUAGCCGUGUACGUUCACCCAUCCGUUCAUCAUAUCUGAGUGGACGACAAUCACCAUCACUGCCAACCAGUUAUAUGCCACCAUCAAGUACAUCGUAUCGAUCAUCAACACCAGCCACAAGUCGAUUACCAAGCUCAUCAUCCACCGGUACACGAUUUACUAGCGGAACAUCAUCACGUCCACGGAAAUCAGUUUCCAAAAUUGAUAAUGUUUUUAGUGAACCAUCAUUCGUGACAAAACUAUCCGAUCGUUCGAUUGGUGAUGGUGAACAAUUGAAAUUACAAUUACAGGUGAAAGGCGAACCUGAACCAAAGAUUGAAUGGUUCAAAGAUGGACGUCGUAUUCAAUCAUCGGAUGUAGUCGAUCUGAAAUAUCGUAGCGGAACGGCCACAUUGAUUAUCGAAGAAGCAUUCCCCGAAGAUGAGGGUCGUUACGAAUGUGUGGCCACAAAUUCUGAAGGCAAAUCCACAACCAAAUGUUUUAUCACAAUCAAACCAAUGGACAAAGCAAAAACGGCGAAACCAGUCUCAGCAACUGCCAAAAAAGCUCCAAGAAUCGUCAGUCAUAUUCAAUCAAUAACUGUAAAUGAUGGACAAUCAGCAUCGUUAAGAUGUACAAUCAAAUCUGAAUCGCCUUUCGAUGUGAUAUGGUUACACAACAGUAAAGAAGUGAAAAAGAGUAACGAUUUUAAUUAUCGUCAAGUGGGCGAUGAUUUUAUACUCGAAAUAGCCGAAUGUCUGCCCGAAGAUUCUGGUAUCUAUACAUGCGAAGCAUUCAACGAUGCUGGUGAAACAUUCUCCACCGGAACCAUUCUUGUCAAAGUAUCAGGUGACAAUAAUCAAGGAUGCGGUAUCAUCGAAUUUCCACGUUCAAUAACCGGAACGAUUAAUAGUAAAGCAUCGUUUACGAUCGAAACCGAUUCCGAUGUUGAUAAAGUCGAAUGGUUACAUGAUUCUAGACCGAUUGAUAGCGAUUUACAGACACAAUCCACAUCGAAUAGGCAAUUCAAAUUGACAGUGUCAAGUAUACGAGAAAAAGAUGUUGGCCAAUAUACUGUACGAUUGACGAAAAAAGGUGCAACAACAACAUUGGCAUUCGCUUUGGUCAUUAUUAAAGAAUAAAUUAUUAAUUAAUUAAUAAUUCACAACUCAAAUCUUCAAAGCAAACAAAUUUUUUUUUUUUACUGAAAAUUCAAUCAAAUCAAAUCAAAUUAUUAUAUAGAUUAAUUAAGGCACACACACACACACACGCUAAUAAUAAUGGACAAAAU